GGGGUCCGGCCCUCCGGUGCAUCCGCCGGGCUCGGUGGGUAGCGGGAGCGCGGAGUUGUAGGCAAACUGCAGCGCAGCAUCUCGGGGACCGCUGGCGGGUCCCGCGGGUCCGGGAGCGCUCCGGGGGCCGAGGCGCGGCCCCGGGCGGGUGCAGCGUGCCGUGUCGGUGUAACAGCGCCGGGAUAGCGCACGGAGCACCAGAAGGUGUUGACACGGGGUUAACCCUUCCCGGCUCCUGCCUUUCAGCGUUUUCUGCUACAGCCCGAGCCCAGCUAGAGGCGAAUUUUUGAAAUUCAGAUGAGGAAGGCGUAAAUAUUUUAUUUGGAGAAAUGGUUUUUUCGCGUGCCUUCUUGUGCAUAGGCAGGGCUCGUGUGAGUGGCUCUCUGUGCGAUGUAAGGUUACAUUGAAAUUGACUUAGCUGGGCAGAUUUCGUGGCAGUUUUUUGACAGGGCGGCAGUGCACAGGUUUACAGUUAUCUGCACCCACGCUUGGGCCAGCCCUGUUCCAAAAAAGCGCCGGUUUAUACCUGUAAGGCUGGGCAGAGUGUACAACGGCACAUCUCCUGUCUUCCUACAAAUACAGACUGCGAAAGGAUAACAGCCUGUAGCUGGGAAAAGGCAACAUGCUGAAAAAGCAUCAUUUGGGUUUUUAAUAUAGCCAUUUUUAAAACUGCCUCGAAAGGCGCAGGAGAUAUUACGUGUGGUUUUCCUUGAUAGAUGGGAAGAUAAUCCAACUCUUAUUUUUUUGUUUGUAAUCUUCAAGUAGUGCUCAUAGUUGGAGAAAGAAGAAUGGUAGCGAUUUGAAGAAGUCUCUUUUAAUUUUUUUUUCUUUUAAUUUUGGGCCUAUGAUACGUUUGUUUUAAAGUUUUGAAGUGUUCAGCUCCUUUCUUCUGUUUUCUUCAGAGACGUUCACAGUAAAGAAGUGCUGAAGAAGAUGAAGGUUAGAAUCCAGUUACUAGAAUGAAGGUUGCAGAAUGUCUCAACCCAACCAACAUAUGGAAGCCUACAUAGGCCUGAGAGGUCACGGAGUUGAUGCGGAGCUGCUGGGAGUCGGGAUCUGCCCGGAGCACAAUGCCCUGCCCUGCCCCUGGCCUUGGGAAGCUGUGAGCUGGCUCAUGUCCAUAGGGAGGAAGGAUGGCUCAUGGAAUUCCUUCACAAGGCAAAGUUACCAUAACGGUGGAUGAGUACAGCUCCAACCCAACGCAGGCGUUCACGCACUACAACAUCAACCAGAGCCGCUUCCAGCCUCCCCACGUGCACAUGGUCGACCCCAUCCCAUAUGACACUCCAAAGCCAGCGGGCCACACGCGCUUUGUCUGCGUCUCAGACACGCACUCCAGAACAGAUGGCAUCCAGAUGCCCUACGGGGACAUCCUGCUCCACACAGGCGACUUCACCGAGCUGGGACUGCCCUCCGAGGUUAAGAAGUUUAAUGACUGGUUAGGAAACCUACCAUAUGAAUAUAAAAUAGUGAUUGCUGGGAAUCAUGAACUGACAUUUGAUAAGGAAUUCAUGGCAGACCUUGUUAAACAAGAUUACUACCGCUUUCCCUCUGUGUCCAAAUUGAAACCAGAGGACUUUGACAAUGUUCAGUCACUUCUGACAAAUAGUAUUUACUUACAAGAUUCAGAGGUAACAGUUAAAGGAUUCCGAAUAUAUGGUGCCCCGUGGACACCAUGGUUUAAUGGAUGGGGCUUUAAUCUACCCAGAGGUCAGUCUUUGCUAGACAAGUGGAACCUUAUUCCUGAGGGAAUUGAUAUACUAAUGACACAUGGACCUCCCCUUGGUUUUCGAGACUGGGUUCCCAAGGAGCUGCAGAGAGUGGGCUGUGUGGAGCUGCUGAACACAGUGCAGAGGAGAGUCAGACCCAAACUGCAUGUCUUUGGUGGGAUUCAUGAAGGUUAUGGGAUCAUGACAGAUGGCUACACCACCUACAUCAACGCCUCCACCUGCACAGUCAGCUUCCAGCCCACCAACCCUCCCAUCAUCUUCGACCUUCCCACCCCUCAAGGAUCCUGAAGCACUACUGGGGAAGGUCUAUAAACUGCCAUUUUCUAAUUAAAAACUUACAUUCAUGUUUAUUUCAA